AUGGCUUCGCCGCAGCUUCUACAUUGCCGGAAACCCUCCUCCUCCUUAAUUCCCUACAGAACCCCCCUUAAACCCUCCCAUCGCUCCGAAUCCGCCGCCGCCGGCCUCUUCUCCCUUCCCCACCUGCGGCGGCGCAGGCCCAUCUCCCUUUCCUGCUCCGCUGCCUCCUUCCCGGAUAAUCACCACACCGAUCCCCCUAAAUCCGACGACGCCGUCGAGCUCCCCCUUUUCCCCCUCCCCUCCGUCCUCUUCCCCGGCGCCGCCCUCCCCAUCUACAUCUUCGAUUUCCAGUACCGGAUGAUGGUGCACACCCUCCUCGACACCGACCUCCGCUUCGGCGCGAUCUACGCCGACGCUUCCGCCUCCGGCGCCGCGGACGUCGGCUGCGUCGGCGAGGUCGUCAGGCACGAGCGCCUCGCCGACGAUCGAUUCUUCCUCGUCUGCAAGGGCCAGGAGCGGUUCCGGGUCACUCGCCUCGUCCGCACCAAACCCUACCUCGUCGCCGAGGUGACGUGGCUCGAGGACCGUCCCUCCGACGACGGCGGCCACGAUCUGAACAAGCUGGCCGUCGAGGUGGAGACCCACAUGAAGGAGGUGAUCCGGCUGUCCAAUCGGCUGGACGGGAAGCCGGAGAAGCAGAUCCGGGACCUGAGGAGGAAUCUUUUCCCGACCCCAUUUUCGUUUUUCGUGGGGAGCACGUUUGAGGGGGCCCCACUGGAACAGCAGGCGCUGCUGGAGCUCGAGGACACUGCAGAGAGGCUGAGGAGGGAGAAGAAGACGCUGAGAAACACACUGAAUUACCUGACGGCGGCAUCUGCUGUUAAGGAUGUUUUCCGGUCUUCGUAG